AUGGAAAGUAUAGGUCUACUCUUGGAAGAAGAACAACCUGGAGGUGUGAGUCUCAACCCAGUAGUGCAGAACCAUAUAAAAGCUAUCGGCAUGCCAUCUGCAGGUGAUGUUACACCAGCCAGUGCAGGGAAAGUUUUGGGCAAAGUCGUAUGGUUCCAUGAAAGACGUGGAUAUGGGUUCAUAAAUCGAGAUGACAACAAAAGGAAUAUCUUUGAACACUACACCGGCAUCCAACCGAACAACCCAAGAAACUGUUUUCGAAGUCUGAGAAAUGGAGAGACUGUAGAAUUCAGUUUAGUCAAAGGAGAAAAGGGUGCAGAUGCAGAAAAUGUAACCAGUCUUGGUGGUGCUCCAGUCCAAGGCAACAAAGAUGAAGCAUAUCAUAACCAUUAUUGGAGCUUUUCACAUUGCAGAGGCCCCCCAAGUAAUUAUCAGCAAGACCACCUACACAGUGAUGAUAGAGAAACAUCAGAAGAAGUUGAAAGUGUGGCAGAGGAAGAAAGCAUCCUUCAUCAGCAGCCUUACCAAAGGUGUUGCUACCCACCAUGCUAUUCUUGUCCAAAUAUCCAAGUGCAAAGUGCGUUAAGGGAAAGUGUCACUAGUCAACAAGUAGAGAAACAAAGAGGAUCAAUUCAAAAGAUUCUGCAGAGAAUAGUCGGACUGCAACAUCUUCAGGAACCACCACAUAAGAGUGAACCCGGCGUGAAAGGCACCCAUUCCAGAAUAACUCACUUCAAUCAACCAGAUGUGCUUGCCACUAAUGGAAAGCAAGACACUGAAGGAAAGCUUCAUUCAGCUAUGACAGAGAGCAAAGGGCCCCCUGAACAGAACUGA